AAGUGACGGUACUGGUUAAGCGUUUUGUGUACUAAGUAUGAGAAGGUGUUUACGAAGAAACUGCACCCAUUAUCUAAUUAGUUAUCCUACAAUUGGCUUGUUGAAAUAACAAGCUGAAUUUAUUUAUUUAUCUAAAAUCCUUCUUUUUUUAUGAAAAUUUUCUCUUGGCCAGGAUAGAAAUGGGAAAAACUAUUUCCAAGCUUCCCCAAAAGCUUCCCCAAAAGCCCCCCAAAAGCCCCCUGCCUUUCAUUUUAAGAAGUUCUUGUUUAUACCGAAGCGUCGUUAUGUAGCAGACUGUUUUUCUGAAAAUUAGAAUAGGUUGACUUUUGUUGUUUGUUUGGGAUUUUUUUUUAAUCAACUAAAGGUGUUGUUAAAGCAUUACAGUUUUCAAAUCAAUUUAUAUGCUACAGAUAAAGAAUCUUUGCGGCUUUUUUAAUCUCCACGUUUUAUUCUCGUAACAUGGAAUUCGAUGAUGAACGAUUUUUGACUUUAGUGUUCCAGUAUCCUUGCAUAUACGACAAUCACGAUCCCAAUUAUAAAAAUGCCGACAGCAGAGAAAUAUGCUGGGCCGAUAUAGGAAAUGAAUUGCACUGCAGUGAUGUUGAUUUUCUUAAGAGGAAAUGGGAUAUAUCCAAAGAAAAAUUUCGGAGAAUAAGAAAAAGAAUGAUACGGUCUGAUCAGCCCAGUUUGGCAAAUGAAUGGCCAUUAUAUCAUGUGAUGCACAACUACUUUGAUCCAUUUAUUAAAACAAGAAAUCGUCUACGUGCCUCUGACAGAAGAGAGAUGGAGAUCUGCCACCAAAGUGAACUAGGUGCUUCCCACCAUUCUGAAAACUCACUUUUGGUGGAAUCAAAAUUGUUUGUAGGCUCCCAUCCUUAUGUUCAUCAUGAGCUUCCACAUUCUGGGUCAGCAGCUUGUGUUGACGGAGGAGGGGAGACAUCCUCCUUCAUUUCACCCAGCCCAGCGUCUAGCCCUGAACAUCAUUCAGACGACAAUAUAGUUGAAGUGUCACUCAGAGCUCCAAAGUCCAAAAAGCUCAAAAGAACAUCUUCAGAAGGGAAUUCCUCAGCAUUACUGUGUGAAGCUAUGAAAAUUUGGAGUGAUUCAAUCCAACAAAACCAAAGAAAUAAUGCUGUUCCCAUUUCCCCAAUAAAUUCCUCCACCGAUGAAAUAACUCUUUACUGCCUCAGUUAUGCAGCUAGGUUGAAAACACUUCCAUCAGAGGCUGUGGACGAUAUACGCUGUCAAAUGGAAUCUCUUAUGAGGGAAGCGCGGCUGAAAUUCAAAUGAAUCAGGAUGAACAUUGGAAUAAAUCCAUAUUUUAUAAAAUAAAAUUAUGUUAUUUUCCGCGAA